UUGAGAAAUGAAAUGAACAACAAACAAAAAAAUCCUUUAAAAAAAAGUUCUCAUUUUCCUCUCAAAUCCAUGAGGCAUUCAAAAUCAGCCAUAGUUUUCCUCACUCUUCAAAGCCUCUUUCUUCUCUUCCCAUCCUUAGCAUUUGGUGAAGAUAUCAUAACAGACAGUGCAUUUCUCAACCAUAUUUGUACAAGUUUUGACAAUUACACAGCCAAUUCCACCUAUGCUUCCAAUUUAAACCAAGCCUUUUACCAAUUGACCUCCAAUGCCCCUCCUUCUGGCUUUGCCCAAGUUUCCUUUGGUAAAGGUUUACAAACCCAAGUCAAUGGCCUAGCCCUCUGUCGCGGCGACGUGUCGGUCGCCGAUUGCAGGAACUGCGUCGCCACGGGAAGUCAAGAGAUCCAAGUUCGAUGCCCUUUGAGUAAAGGAGCUAUCAUAUGGUAUGAUUUUUGUGUAUUGAAAUACUCCAACACUGAAUUUUUUGGGAAGAUUGAUAAUAGGAACAAAUUCGCUUUGAUAAAUGUUCAAAGUGUGGAUAAUAAUGUAACGGUGUUUAAUGAACAAGUGAAGGGAUUGCUAAUGGAUUUGGCUCAAAAAGUUGAAUUAGCCACGAAUAAUCCAAAGUUUUAUGUGAUUGGAGAAAGGAAAAUUGAGCCAUUUAAGAAGAAAUUGUAUGGGUUGGUUCAAUGCACUAGAGAUUUGUCGGGUGCGGCUUGCAAGAAGUGUCUUAAUGAUGCUAUUGGGGAACUUUCCAGUUGUUGUGACGCUAGAAUUGGUGGAAGAGUGGUUGGGGCAAGUUGUAAUUUUAGAUAUGAACUUUAUCCCAUUGUCGAUGCUCAAAGAUAAAAAAUCUUUCUAUACUUUUAAUUUUAGUUCAUUUUAGUUUUUGUAUUUUUAAAGUGCUUUUAUAUUGUUUAUGAAAGAAUAAAAUUAAUGAAAUGGUUUGAGUUU